GACCGCCCCCCGCCCCCACCCCUCCGAGCCCGGCCGCUCGGCGACCCAGUGGAGACCGUGGUCGCGCCUACCGGGCGGGCGCCUGACAGUGCGGUCCGCGCGCUCGCGACCAUGGCCACCGACUCGUGGGCCCUGGCGGUGGACGAGCAGGAAGCCGCGGCUGAGUCGUUGAGCAACUUGCAUCUUAAGGAAGAGAAAAUCAGACCAGAUGCCAAUGGUGCUGUUGUUAAGACCAAUGCUAAUGCAGAGAAAACAGAUGAUGAGGAAAAAGAGGACAGAGCUGCUCAGUCUUUACUCAACAAACUGAUCAGAAGCAACCUUGUGGAUACCACAAACCAAGUGGAAGUCCUGCAGCGGGAUCCAAACUCCCCCCUAUACUCAGUGAAGUCUUUUGAAGAGCUUCACCUGAAACCACAGCUUCUCCAGGGAGUCUAUGCCAUGGGUUUCAACCGUCCUUCUAAAAUACAAGAGAAUGCAUUGCCUUUGAUGCUUGCUGAACCCCCACAGAACUUAAUUGCACAGUCUCAGUCUGGUACUGGUAAAACAGCUGCCUUUGUGUUGGCCAUGCUCAGCCAAGUAGAACCUGCAAACAGAUAUCCCCAGUGUCUGUGCCUGUCCCCAACUUAUGAGCUCGCUCUUCAAACAGGAAAGGUGAUAGAACAGAUGGGCAAAUUUUACCCUGAACUGAAGCUAGCUUAUGCUGUUCGAGGCAACAAAUUGGAAAGAGGUCAGAAGAUCGGCGAGCAGAUUGUCAUUGGCACCCCUGGGACCGUCCUGGACUGGUGCUCCAAGCUCAAGUUCAUUGAUCCCAAGAAGAUCAAGGUGUUUGUUCUGGAUGAGGCCGACGUGAUGAUAGCUACUCAGGGCCAUCAAGACCAGAGCAUCCGCAUCCAGAGGAUGCUGCCCAGGAACUGCCAGAUGCUGCUUUUCUCUGCCACCUUUGAAGACUCGGUAUGGAAGUUUGCCCAGAAAGUGGUUCCAGACCCCAACAUUAUCAAACUGAAGCGUGAGGAGGAGACGUUGGACACCAUCAAGCAGUAUUACGUCCUUUGCAAUAACAGAGAGGAGAAGUUCCAGGCCCUGUGCAACCUGUAUGGGGCCAUCACCAUCGCUCAAGCCAUGAUCUUCUGCCAUACCCGCAAAACAGCUAGUUGGCUGGCGGCAGAGCUCUCAAAAGAGGGCCACCAGGUGGCUCUGCUGAGUGGUGAAAUGAUGGUGGAACAGAGGGCUGCAGUGAUUGAGCGCUUCCGAGAAGGCAAAGAGAAGGUUCUGGUGACCACCAACGUGUGUGCCCGUGGUAUCGAUGUUGAACAAGUGUCUGUCGUCAUCAAUUUUGAUCUUCCCGUGGAUAAGGACGGGAACCCGGACAAUGAGACCUACCUACACCGGAUUGGGCGCACAGGCCGCUUUGGCAAGAGGGGUCUGGCAGUGAACAUGGUGGACAGCAAGCACAGCAUGAAUAUCCUCAACAGAAUCCAGGAGCAUUUUAAUAAGAAGAUAGAGAGAUUGGACACGGAUGAUUUGGACGAGAUUGAGAAAAUAGCCAACUGAGAAGCUUCAUCAGCAACUGGCACCACCUUCAGUGCUGUCCCUUCAGGGAGACCAGUGCUUUAAUGGCGUAGGCCUUGACAGGCACCUCAAAGACCAAGGCCUGAGUAGAGACUACCUACCUCAUUCAGAAUUACGUUUGGACUUGACAAAAAUUUGUGCAAAUGAUGGGGGAUGGUAGAAAAUUUGUUUACACAACUUUGGAAGAUUAGGCAUGAAUAUACAGAAAUUUACACUUUAGAAGUUCCGUCUUUUUUUUGGCCAGCAUUUCAGUCCCCAUCAUUGCGCUACUCUAGAUGCUUAGAUAAUAGAGAUCCUUACCCAGGAUUCCCUAUGGCAAACCUUAUCUGUUCUGUCUUAGAGUGUUCAGGCCAUCCUAUAGCUUUGUGGAAGUGACAGCACAGAGGAGAAGAGGGAACACAGAGGAAGGGAGAGUCCCCAAGUAGGAUAGGUGUAUAAGCCAGUGGUAGUGUCAGGAUAAUGGCAUGAGGUAGUGGAACUGGCCUGUGAGCUGCUGCUUAGAACUUGGUGUGGAACAGCUAGCUCAUCUGAAUAUUACCACACUAUCUGUUAAACACCCACACCAGGAAGAGAUUUGCCAUGAUAGACCAAAAUGCCAGCCUUUGGGGCUUUACUAUUUAGGUUUGUCCCUCAGUAGCAAGACAUAUUUGCAUCAGGUAGCAUUGUGUGCUUAUUUGUGGGUUCUUGGCUCAUUCUUCAGUCCUGCAGAGGAAUCAUCAUGGAGAAUUAGUAGUAGCUCCAGCACCAUGAAACCUGUUUCACUGGUAUUUGCACCACCUUUUUUUUUGGUCAGUUAACAUCACCUUGGCCCUUAGUAGCCCUAGGCUAAUAAAAGGUUAUUUGAGGUGUGAUUACUCAAUGAAUACUGUAGUUUCAAGUUUCUGAUUGGCAGCCUUGAUCCAGGCAGCUCCAGACAUGGUCAGCACUAGUCACAAAUUCUUACUUUCCUUGCAGUUCCCAGAGGCUAGUUUUAUCAGAGCUGGGAAAUGAGUACAAACAUUGGGAUCUUGAUUCUCAAGGGUUUCUGAUCUGUGUUCAUGGUGCCUGGAGUACAAACAAGUGGAACUGAGGGCAAAGAUGGACCACAGCUGGUAAUCUGUCCAAGAAGCAACUGACAAAAGUAACUGUCAAGUUUUUGCUCCUUUAUGACUUGGCAUCUGUGUAUAGAAUAGUUAGUGCAAACCAUAGAAAUGGAUGACACCUGGCCAAGGCCAUAGAUACCCACAGAGAACAGUACAGAUAAGACAAAACAACUGCAAGAACCAGAAUGCAUCCUCUUCAGUUCUUUGACUUGGACAUGGAGUGAUUGCUUUUCCUAGGAACAGUUUUGUGUAUUGUGCUGGGGAUCAAAUCCAGGGCCUUGUACACACUCGGCAAGCAGUCUACACUGAGCUAUUAUUCCCAGCCAUGGAAGAGGAAUUUUAUGUGAUGUGAGCUAUUCUAAUUCCAGAUCUUCUUUAUAUAUGUUUCUGUGUCUUUUAAGGCCAACUCUAUCAUCUGGGAAAGAAAAGGGCGAAGGUUAACUUCCAUGUGGUUUCCUUAAUGCCACAGAGAGACGAACAGACUGCUAAUUCUGCCCCUUUCUCCCAGUCGGUGACUGUUGAGUUCUUUCUAUACCCCUGGUCAACUUUGAUGUAUUUUAGGAGAUUUUAUGUUCUCCUAAAAUGUGGACCAAAUCUGAAAUAACUAAACAAAAGGAUUGUAAUUGAAGUGUGUAGACUCUUCCCUAGGCUGCAUCUAAUAUGGUAGCCCUAGGUCUGAAAAGGAAUGGGAAAAGGUGUGCUGCAAACUCUUCAGUGGCAGGAGCCAAGGGCUCUGGUAGAAGUGUAGAUGGACAGUUCUUUAACCUAGAGUCUUAGACCUCUUAAGAAUUCACUGAAUGAAUUUCAUGGAGUUUAUGAUGUAUGUGUGAGAUUUUGAAUAGUUUCUUGGGAAGAUUCCCAAGAAAAAGACU